AUGAUUUCCGGGCGAGGUGGCGCGGGAGCGCGAGGCCGCAUCCGCCCGCCUCGUCGCAUUGUUCGUCCCAACGUUGCUGGAGAAGGAGCCGACUUUGAAGAUUGCUGGAACAUGCUCAAGGAAGCCUUGCGAGACAUCCACAACAAGAGCUGCGGUCGGCUCUCGUUCGAGGAGCUGUAUAGAGCCGCGUAUAAGAUUGUGCUGAAGAAAAAAGGCCAGGUCCUCUAUGAGCGAGUCAAGCAAUUCGAGGAGCAGUGGUUCGCCGAGCAUGUCAUCCCCAAGAUCGAGGUCCUAGUCACCAAAUGCCUGGUCAGCGUUGGUGUGGACAACAAGCUUUCGAGCUCUGUCAGCGAAAGACGGCAGACGGGCGAAAAGUUUCUCAAAGGUCUACGCGAUACCUGGGAGGACCACAACGUGUCCAUGAACAUGACAGCCGACAUACUCAUGUACCUGGACAGAGGCUACACACAGCAAGAGCCCAAUCGGGUGCCGAUAUUCGCAACUACCAUUGCCCUCUUUCGCGAUCAUAUCUUACGGUCGUGUCUCAAAUCCAACUCGAGCAGCCUCGUCAUGGACAUACUCGUCUCCGUCGUCUUGGAUCAGAUCGACAUGGAGCGCGAGGGAGACGUCAUUGACAGGAAUCUGAUUCGCAGCUGCAGUCGCAUGCUGAGCUGCUUAUACGAUGCUGACGACGAAACGGAAAGCAACAAACUCUAUCUCACCGUUUUCGAGCCUCGCUUUCUGAGCAACAGUGAGUCGUUUUACAGCGCAGAAUGUGAGCGACUGCUCCGAGAAGGCGACGCCAGCGCCUGGCUGCGUCACACGCAGAGGCGGCUGAACGAGGAGGUGGACAGGUGCGGUACAACCAUAGAGCUGGAAACACUGCCGAGGGUCUCUGCCGUCAUAGACGAGCAGCUCAUCGUCAAGCACCUUUCCGACUUCUUGUCCAUGGAAGGCGGUGGGUUGAGAUGGAUGAUUGACAACGACAAGACCGAGGACUUGGCCAUACUCUACAGGCUGAUUUCGAGAGUGCAGGAGGAAAAGACUUCGCUCCGCGACAUUUUGCAAAAACGAGUCGUGGAGCUCGGCCUCGAGAUCGAAACGGUCCUGAAGAAUACGGAUUUUACCACGAUGCAGCAGCCCGAGGGCGGCGACGGCGAGGGGCCUGCCCAGGGAGAAAAGACGCGGGCGCUCAACCCGGCUGCGCAGCAGACCGCGGCCGCCAUCAAAUGGGUCGACGACGUGCUGCGUCUCAAGGACAAGUUUGACAAUCUACUGACGCAGUGCUUCCAGGACGACCUGGUGAUUCAAACAUCGCUGACCAAGAGCUUCUCCGACUUUAUCAACAUGUUUUCGCGCAGCUCCGAAUACGUCUCCCUGUUCAUCGACGAGAAUCUGAAGAGAGGCAUCAGAGGCAAGACCGAGGCCGAGAUAGAUGCCGUGUUGGACAAGGCGAUUGUCCUCAUCAGGUACCUCCUUGACCGAGACUUGUUCCAGACUUAUUACCAGAGGCACCUGGCCCGCCGGCUGCUCCACGGCAAGUCGGAAAGCCACGACGUGGAGAAGCAAAUCAUCUCGCGCAUGAAGCAAGAGCUGGGCCAGCAAUUCACCAGCAAGUUUGAAGGCAUGUUUCGGGACCUGGCGACGUCCUCGGAGCUCACGACAACGUACCGGGACCACGUCCGCAACGUCAGCGCGGGCGAAAAGGUCGUCGAUCUGAACGUCAGCGUCCUCACCACCAACUACUGGCCGCAGGACGUAAUGGGCCGCCAAUCGACGCUCGGCGAGAGGUCGCGGGCCGCUUGCAACUAUCCGUCGGACGUCCAACGGCUUCAGGCCAGCUUUGAGCAGUUUUACCUGGCCAACAGAAACGGGCGAAAGCUCACGUGGAUGGGCAGCGCGGGCAGCGCGGACGUCAAGUGCGUGUUUCCAGCCGUGGCCGGCAAACCAGGCCUCCUGGGGAAAGAGCGGCGCUACGAGAUGAACGUGCCGACGUACGCCAUGGUGGUCCUGCUUCUGUUCAACGAGCUUGAAGACGGCGACAGUCUGUCGUUUGAGGAGAUUCAAGCCAAGACCAACAUAUCCACCGCGGACCUGAUGAGGGCAUUGACGGCGAUUGCGGUUGCGCCCAAGUCUCGCGUGCUGGCCAAGGAGCCGCCCACCAAGGCAGUCAAGGCAGGGGACAGGUUCAGCUUCAACUCGAGCUUUCAGAGCAAGACGGUGCGCAUCAAGGCGCCCAUCAUCAACGCGGUGUCAAAAGUCGAGGAUACGCAAGAGAGAAGGAAUACCGAGGACAAGAACAAUCAGACGAGAGCGCACAUUGUGGAUGCUGCGAUUGUGCGGAUUAUGAAGUCUCGGAAGGAACUCAGCCACUCCCAGCUGGUCAGCGAAGUUGUCUCUCAACUUGUCGGACGGUUCAAGCCCGAAGUGUCGCUCAUCAAAAAACGCAUCGAGGAUCUAAUUGUACGAGAAUACUUGGAGCGGCCGGAUGAAGAAGAAGCGCCGUCGACGUAUCGGUAUGUGGCUUGA